AUGAAAGGUUCUAUCAUCAUUCUUUUAGUUUAUGUUGAUGGCAUUUUGAUUGCUAGUAAUAAUGUGGAUGCUGUGAAUGAGUUCAAACCGUUCCUAGAUAACAAGUUUAAGUUGAAGGACCUUGGCACUUUAAAAUACUUCUUAGGAUUGGAAGUAGCUAGAACCAUUGAAGGCUUCUCUUUGUGUCAAAGAAAGUUCAUCUUAGAGUUGCUCUUAGAUACUGGUAUGUUGGCCUGUAAACCCUCAAAUGUUCCCAUGGACCAAUCUGUCAAAUUGAGUAGUGCAAAUGGUGAUGAUGUUCUAGAUGCUGCUCUAUUUAGGAGAAUGGUAGGGAAACCCUUGUUUUUGACAUUGACAAGGCUUGAUAUUAGCUAUGUUGUCCACAAGCUAAGUCAAUUUAUGAAAGCACCUAAGAUGCCUCAUCUUCAAGCAGUUUAUAAGGUUCUCAAAUACCUAAAGAUAACACCUGGCCAAGAUUGGGCUACCUGUGUGGAUACUAGAAGGUCUAUUUCUGGAUUCUGUGUGUUCUUAGGAGAAUCCUUAAUUUCUUGGAAGUGCAAGAAACAGCAAGUGGUUUCAAGGUUUUCUGCAGAAUCUGAAUAUAGGGCUAUGGCUACUGUGACCAUGCUUUCUCGUGAAUCAAGUAGAAAUUUUCGAUUGUAUUUCUCUUGUUUCUGCACUGAGUUUUGA